AUGGAUACCAACCAGACAACCGGUGCUGAUACCUUCUUCAUCGGUGCAGACAUUGGAGAUGCCGCCAUCUACAUCAGCUGGUCAACUACUCCUGAAGGCACUAAGAAAAUUGAAAAAGCCGUGAUGAUGGAUGGUGGAUCUUCAUUCAGUCAAAACUACGACUCCAUAUACACGGCCAUUGCAGACAUCGAAGACAAUUUCGAGUGCCAGGGAAAGGGAGCUCCCUAUGGAGGAAGCAAUCCCAAAGCUAGUAAGCGGAAACGUCUUCUCUUUGACUCGUUUGUUAUCACACACUGGGACCACGACCACUAUCACGGAGUCAUGGUCUUCCUGGCAAAAGACACGAUGCUCAACGCCGCGAAACUUGGAAAACUCUCGCGUGCCAUUUAUGUAGACAACGAGCCAAAAUCGACUCUUUACGCUCCAUACUGGUACAAGUGUGGGAAGCCAAACCUAAGGUGCGGGUCGCCAAAUCCUAAUAAGGCGCCUAUGGACGUCUUCUACACGAUCGACGACGAGAAGACGCGGAUGAGAAUCACCACUACUCUCCAAAUUCGAGGGCCCAAGGAGUGGCACGGAGACAUGCUGAGGAUGCGUGUGGGAACGGACCAGCUUCUUGGCCGAGACUUUUUCCAGGAGGGUGAUCAUUUCGAUCCAACUGAUGUCAGAAACAGGAAAGGCUGCAAGUCAUUAAAUACUUUCAUGCUCAAAUUUCGAGAGGCUAAAACUCUGCCGAUUACUGUCCCCGCGCUUUAUUGUGUCGCAGUCAACAUGGAAGUCAUGGGAAAGAGUCGAUUUGGCAAAGGCAAAGAAGCUUGGCCGGCAAGUGCCGAACUGACCUUCACCAACAUGUCGAGCGUCUGCUCUCUCCUGGCGUGGCAGACCCAAAACUAUGAUAACAAUUUUUUGUCCGUAUACGCAGCAGCUGAUGCCCCUUCAAUACUCGAGAUGGACAUCGCUGAAUGGAUGCAAAAGUCGACUGUUACUCUUCAUAAGCUCAGCCACCACGGCUCAGCAUCUUCAACUCCAGUCAAGCUGCUGCCAGCCCUCAAACCUAGGGCCAUUGUAUCCAUGUCGGGCAACAAUCCUAAUUUCUCCCAUCCCAGAUGGGAGGUGGUAUUCGAUAUCUAUGGACUCCACCUAUAUGGACACAAUGGCCCCUUUCUCGACCAAACUCCGCUGUAUCUGCUGCGAUGGCCAGCUUAUCUCGUCGACUUUGCAUACCAACUCCGAAACCACAAGAGCGAGAGCAAGUUCAACCCCAAUAUGAGCGCAGCUGAGGAAUGCUAUGAUGAACUCCUCAGUAAGUACAAAACAGCCGUCAAAAGAGGGAAUUGGAGUCUCGAAGAAGCUGAGAUAGCAUACCCCGACGUUCUCCGCGCCAUGGAAAACGAACUUCAGAUGGACCCGGAUUUAUGGAAAAACAAGACAAAGCUUAAGAGCAUCAUUCUUCCUUCCCUCUUCAAAGUCAUGUUCCCGACGCUUCUCGCCAAUUACAAUGCACUUUUAAUAUUCAAGUACAGCCAUUACGUACAUUUCAGAGCCGCCGGAACAAAAGAAAGUUCCGCCAUUCAGCAUAAGAUUAAGGGUCCGCUGGGUAACUACGAGGCCACUAGAGCUGAAUAUGAGCCGAUCAGGAAUCUCUAUGGUCAAGCGAGUUCUUGCUGCGCAAGAAAAACAUCUCUGUCCUCGAUCUCAUCUUGGGAAUGUAUUGACCCUGUGGAAAGUUUCGCUGAUGGUACUAACCAAAUCGUGGGACUGGACUCAUCAAACUAUCACUACCUGAUACCGCAGAAACAACAAUGGUCAGAGUUCAACAAGACACUUGCUUCAACAAAGAUAUCCUCCAGCAAUUCUCUUCACGACUUCUUGGACAGCCUUCCAACAGGCCGGAUCGAACUUGUAAUGCAACCAGACGUAGAACGGACCAAAGGGCGUACGCCUGGUAGUGUGCGUGUCGCCUUCGCGCCUAGUGAUGAAUGGUAUAAGUGGCUCCAGGACGUUCUCGCGGUCAAUCAUUUAUUGACUCCUGAAGCUGGUCGAUUUGAAGAUGUACCACCGGAGCUGGGUAUCAUGUAUAUGGAAGCUUCUAAAUGGCCACCUACCGACUCGACCAAUUUCGAUUUUACAAUUGAAGGGGUUGUGAUGUUGAGUGAUGGAACCGAGGUUACAGUGGAGCUUGACACCAAAAAGGCCGCCAAAGCCCUUUUGGAUUCGUCUGGAAAGGCUAUCAAUGCCAUGUUUUCGCAGCUUGCCAUUUUGCCAUUUGGAGUCUCUGUGAGCGCCAAGGCUGGUGUCAUUAACCUUGGCAAUGUUGCGGAACUAAUCCGAUUCCCAUACAGCAAAACAAUUCAGCUUCUGAGAGAACUGCCUUUAAAACCGGUCAAUCCUGACGAAUCAGGCCGCACGGCUAUGUGGUAUUCAUCUGGACAACGACGAGCAACUGACCUGCGUUUGGAGUUUCUGCUAGACGAGAGCAUUCCCAAUGACCUAAAUACUUGGCUCCAGUCCGAGAGAUUCGGCAUCACUGUCAAGAACUUCCGUGUUGUGGCACGUCGAAACAUCUACUAUCGUGCAGGACUACACAAGCUCUCACCCGCCGCUCUCUUUGAAGCUGGCGAUCCUGCAUCUGACGGUGAACUACCUGAUGAUGUCAAGGCGUUUGUUCUUGGAUCAAUCACAUUUGAUGUCUCAGUGGUUGUUGCAAAGAUGGACUUUUCUCUUUUCAUCGCGUUUGACAGAAAUUCCGUCACGUUUCGCCUGCAGCGUGAUGGGAAAGGUGAAGGUGGCGACGACUUGGCUACUUUACUCCAAUGGGCCUACAACUCUCUUGGGGGCAGAGAUGAAGGAGAAGGUACCUUGGCUGACGAAGACUACAAGAGUAGUACAUGGGGAGCUUGCGAUAAUUGGCUUAAAGCUGCCAAUGAGCUUCUCUGGAACGUUCGCCCUCGUGUAUUGGAGUUUGCGCUUGAUUAUGACGAGAAAGGCAAACUCCAAGGCGUACAAGGAGCCUCCAUCACUCUCCAGGUGGAACUGAAGGUGGGCAAAGCAGGGCCUAUCGUGAUAUUUGUGACAUUUGGCUGGAGCAGAGCCAGAGGUGCAUCCAUGGACGGAAGGCUCUGGAACAAACCGGUCUUCGAGGACAACAUCGAUUACCGAUCUAUGAUGCCUGCCUGGGAAAGUCGCGUCAAUCUGGAACCUAAUGGUCCGAACCAGAUCGUCGAUCGUAUUGAUCUGAAAGACUUGCUUGGACUAGAUUCUUUUCCAGAAGGGGUGCCGAGAGAGAUCACUGAGGCUACCUUGUCGGUUGAUGGUUCUUCUAUGUCUAUCACAACAUUUGUCUCUGCUGUAUACGACAAAGAUAAGCACUCUAACAUGCCAAAAUUGUCUUUGGAUGUUCUGGAGGUCUCGCUUACACGUACAUGGGGUGCGGAUGGUGUCCCAGGAUCUUGGGACGCUCGUCUCGGAUUUGCUUUGCUGUUAUUCCCGCUUGGCCAAGAACCUGUUGUCGAGCCGGGAAAGAAACCUGUCCUACCGUAUAAGGAUGACGCACCCUGCUACAUCAGGGGCAACAUCCAGUAUCAGAGUAACGCGGCAAGGUCUCUCGCACAGGACAACAAGCAAGUGUCUCUGUGGACUCUGGAGGCCAGCGUCAGCAAUCUAAAGAUCGCUCAUCUGGCCACGUUUUGGGAUAAAGGACCAGUUCGGGAGGCCGUCAUGACUAUGCUGUCUCACCUAGUCGUGGAGCAGCUAACGCUAACGUACCUCUUUGGCCCCAAUGAUGGAGAUGGUGGUAAGGACUUCACUUUCAUUGGAGUGUUGAAGCUUGGGAGCCUGGGACUUGAUCUUAAGUAUCAUUAUGACGAGAGAGGAUGGGAUUUGAGUGCUGGAUUGAUCUUCGAUCGCUCAGCCAAAGUAGAAGAUGGUGAUGACGACCCUCCCACCGAGAAAGAAGAUCCCGUCACAGUUAAAAAACUUCUUGUGGAACUGAUUGGGAAGGAUUCUCUGCCAGAUAUUCCCGGCGAUGUCCUUGACAUUCCUGUUGGUCGACCUGGAAGCGAGGGGGAGCUUCUCUCUCUGAAAUGCUUUCUUAUCAAAGACACAGGCAAAAAAGACGACAAACCUGAGCAUGGCGGUACUAUGAUGACCACUUUCUCGAUCCAGAUCUCCGCCAUCAGUCUGACUCUCAUUCAGUGGCGUCACACAUCCUGGGAAAGUAGCGUACCAUCGAAACGAGUCGUAAAAGUGGCCUUGAACGAGAUAGGACCCGUCACGGCUCCUCUGGUCGGCCAGCUAAAGCAACCUUUUGAGCAGCUAGUUUACAUGUGGGUGUCAGAUAGGACCUCGGCAGCCAAGCCCAAAUCUCUUGCCAAGAAAGGGGAAAAGACAGCAGGCAUCACCAAAUCCGAGUUCGGAAUCGUGAGCGACAGGUUGGUCGACGCAGACAAGCUGUACUUUAAAUCAGACGCUCCAGACCCGGACAAGAUUCCCGAUGGGGAGUUUGUCAUCGAGGCUGGCUCUCACUUCAUGAUCGUUGCUAAGAACUCUGUAGGCGAUACCGUCGCUGUUCUUGACUAUGUUUUUGGACGACCGAAUCCUCAGGCUGGCAAGCAAAUACUAGUGGCCGAGGAGAAGAACAAGGAUCCUGCCAAGGCGCCUUUCAAGAAAAGUGUUGGUCCCCUCCUGAUUGAGAACAUCGGUCUCACCUAUAACGCUACAGAAAAGAGACUGGGUGUGAUUCUUGAUGCAACAUUUCUGCUUGGUCCAAUUGGACUAGCAUUGCUAGGUUUUGGGGUCAAUGUGAAGCUGGCAAAGGACGAUAACGAAGAGAAGAAUCCUGAACCAUAUUCACACGAUAGACUCACGUCUCUCGCCGUCAAAGCUGCUGGUCUGGGGUCUCUGCCCAUAUCAGAUCCUCAAGUUACACUGGAGGGCCUCAUGGUUUCGUUCGAUCGGCCGCCCGUCACAAUUGCUGGCGGUUUUGCACGAACCGUCGUUGACGAAGUACCAUACUACGCAGGUGGCUUGAUAGUUGGCUUUGUGCCAUGGAAGUUAAUGGCGAUGGGCGUCUACGGAGAGGUACCCAAGGAAAAGACCAAGAGUCUAGUGAAACGUGGACAUCGCAGGGGUAGAUCGUCCGUCUUCGAUAUUAUUGAGAUGUCGUCAGAUGAUGAGCUGGAUGACAUUCAGUUCGGCAAACAGGAAGACAAAAAGAAAAACAGUCACGAUACAUUCACGAUGGUAUUUGUCAUUCUCAAGGUUGAAGGCCCUCUUUUCAGUAUCGGUUUCGCCGAUAUAUCAGGACUCACUGCAGGUGUGGGUGUCAACUCCGCGAUUCGCCUGCCGACGGCUGAAACAGUCCUCGACUUCCCCUUCACCAAGCCUUCAGGAACACCGAAUCCUUCAGAGGGACCUCUUGCGGCCCUCAAGACUGUUCUGCGGCCCCCUUCUAAGGACGUUGCCCCUUGGUUCACAGCCCGUGAGGGCUCGUUCUGGAUCGCUGCCGGGCUAAAAGUUACCGCACUGAGUGUUCUGUCCGCCGAUGCAGUCCUGGUCAUAACGACUACUCCAUCCGUUCAGAUCGGCAUUUUUGGUGUUGCUGUUAUCGACGUUCCCAGUCUCGCCUCACCUGUCAAGUUUGCGCACGCCGAGUUGGGUAUUGCGUGUGUAUUUGACCCUGAAGCCGGAACAUUCCGCUUCGACGCGCAACUUUCUCCUCGCAGCUAUGUACUUCACGAAAGCUGCCAUCUCUCAGGAGGCAUGGCUCUCUAUGCUUGGGCGAAGACGGGAGAUUUCGUCAUGACAUUGGGAGGUUACCAUCAGGCAUUUGCGGUCCCGGCUGCGUAUCCCAGACCACCACGGCUGGGGAUAGCCUGGUCUCUUGGUGAUAACCUGCGAAUUUCUGGAGAGGCCUACUUUGCUGUGACGGCGAGGGUCUGCAUGGGUGGCGGGAAAUUAAACGCCACACUGAGUAUAGGACCACUGUCAGCGUGGUUCGAUGCGUUCCUCGACUUUUUGAUUAAUUUCAGACCUUUCAAGUUUGCUGCAGAUGGUGGUAUUGCCGUGGGUGUGAGGUUCAGCUUAGAUCUUUGGCUCGUCACGGUUCGUAUCAACGCUGAGAUCAAGGCAACACUGAGCGUCCUAGGUCCUCCCAUGGCAGGCACUGUUCACGUCGACUUCUGGGUGUUUGGAUUCGACAUCGACUUUGGUGAUCGUGCCAAGGCUCUGGAGCAAGGUGCUUUCAAAUUGAGCCUUGACCAGUUCAAGAACCUUGUUCUCAAGGGCGGCGGUACUGCGGCUACAGGAGUCCCCAUGCCGAUGGAUUGGGUCGACGUGAAAAAUCCCAUCAUGACCACCGACGAUAAUCCUGCCAGUCAGAAGACCAGUGAGCGCUUUCUGUUCAACUGCACGGCCGGACUUCUCCCGGAAAACAACACAAACAUUGCGUCUGGAUCCAAACCCUCCGAAAGUUGUAACGUCUCCUGGAUGAGGACCAUGUUUGGUGAUAAUAAGAACAUCUCCAAGAAUACGUGGGCUGUCAAAGCAGGCGAGCUUGAGUUCAACAUCACCCUGGCGUUUGCUGCAAGUGCGGUCACUGUAAAGGAUAACAGAAACACGGCAAUUGACAAAGUCUGGACUGUAACCAUACCAGCGGCACAACAAGAGAUCUACGCAUUGCCAAUGCGCCUCACUGGAGCUAUCGAGUCGACAGUGGAAAUGACCAUCGAUCAGGAGGAGGAGGUCACUAAACCAUUCCAUGUGAUAGAAGAAGAGAAACGAUCCUCAAAGCGAUGGCUUGUCAAGCCCAUCCUCAAGAACGUCCCGAUGAACCUUUGGGGACGAUACGAUGCCGCAUCAGAUCCAGCCCUCGCGGGAAAUGCCGUAAAAUCUCUGCUCAAUCCCGCCACUGCUACCGGUAGUGUUUCUCUCGUGAUGGGGCUAAGCUUCCAGCCACCGUUACCGGCCAUGUCGAAGGAUAAGGUACCCAAGUUCAACAUUGUGGCAGAUAUGCUGGAGCGAGUAAACAAUGAUGGAUAUCCUUUCAAAGAAAUUGAAAGCGUGGCGAGCGAUGCUUGGAAACCUUUGCCUAGACGAGAGUACGAGGGUGAGUGGAAGCGAGUGAAACACGAAUGGGAGAAGGAUGGGGUAAAUGAAAGAGCAAAUAAGGUGGUAGGGCUAUGGUCGGCUAUGAUGAAUUGGAGUAAAGAGAAGGACAAGGUUUUGAUGGGAACAAGGCCUGGUGGUUUGCUUGGGCGAUACGAAGAUAUGCUUCCCGUUCCUCCACGGAUAGCUUCAGCUGCUUAG